AUGGAACUGUCGCAAGGAGGCCGUGCCGAAGUGCGGCAAAUCCGUUUCGAUAACGCUUGGCCCGACCAACAAGACGAUUCUCGUCCAAUUGACGUUGUAGCGCGCCGAGCGCUCGUGGAUCCGCGUCAAGAGGCGGACGAGGGAAGCGACGACGACGACGACGACGAGGAGUCGCACGCGUGGAAGAUGCCUCUCGCUGCGACGAUGAGGGCGGCGUCUGCGCCCACAGGCUCUGCGUUCGGCGGAACCCUGUCGCGCGUCGCCUGUCGCAGUCGCAUCAGGAGCGUGCGCAGCUCGGGCUGGGCGUCGGACGGGGAGGAAUCGGACAACGAUGGCGACUGGUGUGCGACGGUCGCGCACGACGACUGGGCGCCGGUGCGACGGCGACUAUCCUUCGCGGAGCAAGAGUCGAUGGGCGACGAGGCUGCGACUGGCAGGCCGGAGGCGGGAAUUGAGGAGCGGGGGGCAGGAAUUCCCCCUUGUGGCGCGGUGAGCGACCUUCUCGCUGCGUUUGCUCGCACAUGCUCCAUCGCCGCCGCUUGCCCUGCCCCCGCUGCCACGUGUCCACCCGUCGUUGCGUCGCAAGAAGCGUCGAACGGCAUGGAGGUCGCAUUCGCGGCACGAGCGCUGGUUGGCGCCGCAGGGGAGCGCGGAAUGGGGGGCGACGAAGGCGGGGAGCGGGGGUUGGGGGUUGUAAGGUGGAGGGUACGGACGUGCGGGGCAGGGGGCAUGGGGGGAGGUGGGGCGGGGAUGAAAGGGGGAAAGGGCAGGGCGGAGAAGAGAGGGAGGGAGAGUGAUAGCGAUGGGGAUGGGGAAAGUGGGGAGGAGAGCGGUAGUGGCGGCGACGGUACGUCUGGGAGCAGUGGCGAUGGGGAUGACGAUGAGGAGGGGGAGGAGGAAGAGGAGGGAGAGGAGGAGGAAGAGGAGGAGGAAGAGGAGGAGGAGGAGGGUGAAGAAGAGGAGGGUGAGGAGGAGGAGGGAGAGGAGGGCGAAGAGGAUGAGGAAGAGGAGCGUCAAGAGGAGGAGAUGAAGCAGGUGCUUCCGGAGCAGCACCAGCGCGAGAAGCAGCAGCCCCAAUCGCAGCAACAGCAGCAAGAGCGAGAGCAGCAGGGCGCGCAGCAGCGGCAGGGCGAGCAGUACGAGGAGAAGCGGGUGUACGUGGGCGGGCUGCCGUACUACGCGACAGACGAUGCCAUCCACGAGUGCUUCGAGGGGUGCGGCCGCAUCGCGCUCAUCCACCGCCUUCACUUCCCCGACUCGGGCCGCUUCCGAGGGAUCGCGCUCGUCACCUUCAAGGUACGCGCGCUCACGCUACCUUCUCCCGUCCGCGCCUCCGCUCACCCCUGCGCCCUCUCCCCUUGCCCCCUCUCCCCUCGCCCCCUCUCCCCUUGUCCCCUCUCUGCGCCUACGGCCAUCGGAGCACGGAAGGCGUUGGAGCUGGACGGCGUUGACAUCCCCACUCGCCUUUUCCCUGCCCCACUUGCCUCUUCCCUGCCCCACUCGCCUCUUCCCUGCCCGACUCGCCUCUUCCCUGCCCCACUCGCCUCUUCCCUGCCCCACUCGCCUCUUCCCUGCCCCACUCGCCUCUUCCCUAUCCCACUCGCCUCUUCCCUGCCCCGCUCGCCCCUCCGCUGCCCCGUUCGCCUCUUCAUGGACGGUCGUUUCCUUCGCAUCAAGCCCUGCCGAGUCAACCCCUCCGCCUCCUCCGCCCCCACUCCACCCGCCCUCUCCGCCGCUCACCCCACCCCCACCACCACCACCACCGCCGCACCCCACCCCAAGGCUACAUCCGACUUGCCGCCCCCCCAGCGCGCACCAGGCAGUCUCCGCGCGUACGUGGGCAACCUGGCGUGGAGCAUGGACGAGGCGGCUGUAGCGGCCUUCUUCCCCGGCUGUAGCAUCGCCUCGGUGCGCCUGGCGAGGAAUCCCGAGACCGGGCGGCACAAGGGGUACGGGCACGUGGAUUUUGAGGAUGAGGAGAGUCUGGAGAGGGCGAUUGAAAGGAAUCAGCAGGUGGCGUGUGGAAGGCCGGUUAAGGUGGCGUAUGCUGUGGCCAGUCGAGGAGAUGGGGGGGGUGGCGGGGGUGGUGGGGGCGGAGGGGCAGGGACGAUGGGGGGAGCAGCAGGGGGGGCAGGGGGUGGGGGGCAUGGGGGUGGUGGGCAUGGGGGUGGUGGGCAUGGGGGUGCGGGGGCUGGGGGAUUAGCAGGGGAGAUGGGGGAAGGUGGGGAUGCAAUGGAGCAGGAGCAUGAGGGGGCGAGGGGGAGGAAGGGCAAGGGGCGGAAGAAGGGCUCAGAGGGGUGCUUUGUGUGUGGGAACGAGGGGCACAAGUCGUUUGACUGCCCGGAGAAACACCGUAAGAUGAAGCGCCACAAGAGCCAGUGA